AGACAACACACGCAGGUCAUACAACAGAGCAUUCACACUGUUUAACAAGUUCCUGUUGGAACACAACAUCACGCACCCAUUUGUCAUGACUUCCCUGCUGGGGUUUGCUUCCUUUUGCCACCUCAAGCUCAAACUGUCAUACAACACCAUCAAACUCUAUCUCACCGGCAUUCAACAUCACAUGCUGAUCAUACACCCUAACAACAUCAGUUUCAUGGCCUCGCACCAGAUCAAAACCAUACUCAAAGGCAUUCAGAAGACAGAACCCGCACGGCCGACACAGAGACUGCCCAUUAACAGUCACAUUUUCAAGGCAUUAUCCGACUUAUUAGACACCAGACCUUUUGAAGCUGAUACCAACUCCAUCAUCAAAACAGCGAUGUACCUGGCCUUCUACGGAUUCCUGAGGCCCGGGGAAUUCACCACGACCUCGGCGACCCAAACCACACAUUGUCUGCUAGCCUCCCACUUGACGAAACACGGGGAUCAUUAUAUCCUAACCUUACCUCACUCCAAAAGCAGUCAGCUCUCACCCGUGGACAUUCCAUACUACCCUACGCAGAACAGAUGGUGCCCAGUCGGGGUUCUGGACGCAUACAAACAGCAUCACAAGUUCCUACCCUGUCAGCCACUACUUCAACUGCGUGGGUCUGCACUCACCACCACCACCUUUAUGACCUAUGUCAGGUCAUCCCUCACUCAACUAGGCCUCAACGCAUCCAACUACUCUGGGCACUCCUUUCGGAUCGGGGCCGCGUCCACGGCCUCCAGUGCCAACAUCCCGGCUCAUGUCAUUAAGAAGUUGGGGCGCUGGAAGUCAUCCGCUUUCGCACGUUACAUCCCCAAUCCAACACGGGAGUUAAGAAACGCUUUCCAAAACAUGUCGGGUUGAGCUUUCAUGUAUAUCGAAUACAAUAAACUGUUUAUUUCUUUUUGCCCUCUUCUUUCUCAGGCCUACCUCAUCCUCGGUUUCGGCACACCACAACCGACUACGCUUAUUCCCUGAUUUCCUAGGUUCUUCACUGUACUACCGUAAGUGCCUCACACAAAUAUAUAUAUAUAUAUAUA